AUGCCUAAUCCUCAAAUAUAUCCUAACAAUCCCAUGAGUCAAUCCGGCCCUCCAUUUCAAUUUUCAUCCCAAGGGCAUCCGCCUCAGGGGUUUCAGCCAUACGGAUAUACCCCGAGUUGGUAUCCCUCACCCGGAUUUCCCCCGCAAGGAUAUCCUUCGCAGGGGUUUAUGUUUGCAGACUCAUCUAGGAGGAGCAGCAUAGAUGGGAGUGGUACUGACGGUGGGACACCAUCAUCAGGAAAGGCAGUUCAAGGUUUGGAGAAUAUAAAUCUCUCUGUUGAGCCACAAUCUGACGACGACGAACAAAAUAUGAACAAGACACGGGCAUUUUAUUCGGAUGCGGAAAGUGAGGUUCUUGCGCAAUGUUGGAUCGAUAUUAGCAUCGAUUCGGUGGUUGGAAACAACCAAAAGAUGGAGCAAAUGUGGAAACGCAUCAAAGAAGCCUACAAUGCAAAUCGUCCCGCCGGCGCUUGA